AUGAUCAGUGCGGGCAGGGACGAGAAAAACGGGUUGGAUAUUGAGAUGUUUAGGGUGCCGCCGAUUUCCAUCGACGAUAUACCGGACAUGCUGCUGUCGACCAUACCGAAAUGUGGCGGCUGCCACGAGUUGAUAUUGGACCGGUUCAUCCUUAAAGUGGCGGAUAGAACUUGGCACGCGAAGUGUCUCCAGUGCAGUGACUGUCGAGUGCAGCUUACUGAUAAGUGUUUCGCCAGGAACGGUCAACUCUACUGCAAGGACGAUUUUUUCAAUGGGUGCAGACGGUUUGGCACGAAGUGCGCCGGGUGCGAGCUGGGGAUCCCGCCCACGCAGGUCGUCCGCAGGGCCCAGGACAACGUCUACCACCUCCAAUGCUUCUCCUGCGUGAUGUGCGCCAGGCAGCUCAACACCGGCGACGAGUUCUACCUAAUGGAGGACCGGAAGCUGGUCUGCAAACCCGACUACGAGGCUGCCAAGACCAAAGCUGCUGAAUGCCUAGACGGCGACCAACCCAACAAGCGACCGAGGACGACAAUAACGGCGAAACAGUUAGAGACCCUGAAGACGGCAUACAACAACAGUCCGAAACCCGCCAGGCACGUUAGGGAGCAACUCAGUCAAGAUACGGGUCUGGACAUGAGGGUGGUUCAAGUGUGGUUCCAAAAUAGGAGAGCAAAGGAGAAAAGACUAAAGAAGGACGCGGGAAGGACGAGAUGGAGCCAGUACUUCAGAUCGAUGAAAGGAGGUUCGUCACCUAGGCACGACAAGCUGUUGGACAAGGACGACAUGAAAGUGGAUCUCGACAGUUUUAGUCAUCACGAUCUCAGUGAUGACAGCUAUGGAACAGUUGUAAAUAUGGGGAUGGAUCAGGAUGGCUCGUCGCCGCAUAGUGGAAUAGGAAGACCUUCCUUCCUGCACGGUGCUACCUCUCCUUCCUACCUACCUGGGCACACUCCCCCUCAUGGUCAUGACCAUUUCUCUUCAUAUCCAGACCAACUCUCAGUCUACGCUAGUUUAGGUCAAGGCCACCCGCCAGGUUUGCCUCUCCCCCACAACAUGCCCCCCGGCGCCGACACUGACAUCAGCAACGACAGCAGCCCUCGGGGGUACCCAGACUUCCCCCCGAGCCCCGAUUCGUGGCUAGGGGAACCGUCCAGCGCACACUACUGA